UUGCAUUUUAAACCACUGAUUCUACCACUCCUCCCUGGGUAAAGACCCAAGGCUGCUGACAAUGCUUGACUGAUUUGGUUCUUGUAGAGCGUAACACUUCUUACCGAUAGCUUUCGAAAUCCGCGAAAAAGUCAGCUGAUCUCCUUUUUAAUCAUUCUAAAUUUUUUUUUGUGGGAGAUCUUGAAUAAACUCCUUUAGCAAGUAAAGAUGAGUGUAAGAAAGGAAUAUUCUAAAGAGGGUAUAAUACCAAUCACUGAACUCCGAAAUGAGCUUGCAAUUGACAUCGAUGUUGGCACUGCAAGUGACAUUGCAAGAACUCUUCGUCAAUGCGACGCUCAGAUAUUUUCCGGCUGGAAAGACUUUCCAAGUGUCUUUGACGAGAAUACUAUAUAUGCGAUGGAUAAAGUUGCGGAGAAAGCGAAAGAGAUUAUACAAGACAGCAGUGGCGACAAAGCCAUAGUUCUUAGCGGUUGUGGUACAUCUGGAAGGCUAGCCUAUUUUCUGGCUCACAAAUUUUCCCAGCUCGCCAAAGCCCAGCAGAUCUCAGCGUGUUACGAUUAUCUUAUUGCAGGUGGCGACAUUUCCCUGUUUACAUCACAAGAAGCGCCAGAAGAUGACUGGAAAAAAGGCGAAGAAGAUUUGAUACAGUUGUCUCGUCAUAAGAAACGAGUAUUGUUUAUCGGUAUAACAUGUGGUCUUUCUGCGCCUUAUGUAGCUGGACAGUUAGAGUGCUGCAUGAGACACAGUGAUAUCUUUAUUCCCGUUCUUUUGGGAUUCAAUCCUGUACACCAGGCAAGGAAAAACCCAAUAGAACAAUGGGAUAAGUCGUUUUUCGAUGUUGCCAAUGCAUUAGAAGCCAAUGACAAAGGGAUCAUUGUUAAUCCAGUUGUUGGCCCAGAAGCCAUUACAGGGUCAUCGCGUAUGAAAGGAGGAAGGGCCACUAAGAUACUUUUGGAGUCGAUUUUAGUUAAAGCACACGCCUCAGUCUCCCAGCCAAGAUCAAUGCUCAACACACUGCCUGAAAUUCUUCUGAUGUAUGAGAACAUGUACAGAAGAACUUACUUAAAUUGUUCUAGUAUUGCACGUGCUCUUGAGCUAGCUGCAGAGAGCCUCAAGUCUAAUGGCCAUGUUUUCUAUAUUGGAUGGGGAUCAGAAGGAUUUAUGGGUCUUUUGGAUGCCUCUGAGUGUGUCCCUACAUUUAGUGCUAACUUUGAUGAUGUGAGAGGCUUCAUAGCAGAAGGGUACAAUGCUCUGAACAACAGAGAAGGAGAGCUAAUGCUUAAUGGUUCCAAAAAGCUUUGCAUCUCCCUGGAGGAUUUUCAAAGCAUUUUUUUACCUGAACUGACCAUAAAUGACACAGUAGUAUUAAUUUCUUCUGAUAACAAGGCCUUUCGGCAAGUUACUCAAUUGAUUCAUCUGAUUAAAGGGAAAGGCACACAAUUAAUUGGCAUCAUGCAUAAGAAAAAAAGUGAAUUGUGGAAUCUUUUCAAGCAUGUCAUCCAUGUGGAGCUAAAUCAUCCAACAGGAUGCCUCAAUGAAAAGAGUUCAUCAAAUACAGUAUUACUCAGUGAAUUUUUGAACCAGUGUCUCCAAGAGAUUUCUAUUAAAUGGAUUCUCAAUGCAAUUUCAACAGGAGCCCAUGUGUUGAAAGGAAAGGUCCUAAGAGGUCUCAUGAUUGAUGUAAAAGUUAGUAACAGCAAGUUAUUCCAUCGAGCAAAAUCUAUUGUUUCUACUUUUGCUAGAACUGACCAGGAAUGUGCUUUGCAUGCUGUUCUCAAGGCAAUAUACAGAAGGGAUUCCAUCAAUGAUGUUUUCAGUCUACACAUUUCUGAGCAUGUAGCCAGAGGAACUGUUAUGGAUCAGGUGGUACCAGUGGCUGUGCUAAUAGCCACAGGCAAAUUCAGUGUUGCAUCUGCCAUGUAUGCGCUGAAGACAAGUACAGUUUCCCAGAUUCUUAAAGAUCUUGGACUUAUAGAGUAAUCUGAUGUACAGAAAGGAUGGAAGAUGACCAUUUUAAAAAUUACCUUGAAGAAUAAUUGAACAAACUCUUAAUGAUUAAAUUCUCUAAGUAUCUCAUGUUGGCUUCAAAGCUAGUAGAGAACUUAUCAUUACUGACAAUUUACCAGUCAAUUUUGCAUUAUUUUUUAGGGAAAAUCAUUACAAUGAAAAUGCAAGGUGAAAUAUGAUCUUGUACUUCGUAAAAGAAUACUUGUAAAACACAGAUUUUAAAAUAACUCAAGUAUUAUUAAAUUAAAGUUAUAAACAAAUCAAAAAUAAGACUGUCAUAUGUAAUGCAAAAUAAUCUUUAUUGUACAAGGAAAUUUAACUCCAGUUGCAAAUUUAAGGUAAUUUCUGAUGUUACCUUGUUCAUACAUGUAUUUUUACCACUGAAGACAAUAUCCAUUUGAAGUAACCUUAAUUUGAAAACAGUCUGAGAAAUUGUGGCAAGGUAUAUUUAAUAAUUUCUAUCUUUUAUAGGCUAAAUGUACUUUAUUUAAAUUCAUUUCAUAACUUUAUAGUUGAAUGAUAAAUUCGUGUUGUAUACAAUGUAAUUACAAAUUGAAAAUAAUUUCCCUCAAUAUUUUUAGUAACUCUUUCUUGUGGCUCACUGUAAGGAGGCAUAAAACAUUACUUUGGUAUAUGAAUUGAGAUACAAUAAAAGUAACUCUUUGAAAUGUUUGUUUUACAAUAAAUAUCAAUAUCAUGGAUGCUGGCUCAAAGGUACUUUUCUAUGUUGACGUUAACCUCUUUUUUUGACAUCGUCUUAACAUGGGCCCAUUUGGCUUCUAUACAUCAUUAGACUGCAUUAUCUAAUUACUCCUCUCAUGGGAAAGUUUCUCAUUAUAAAUGAACAGUGGAAAAAGAUGAGAUACUAUAACAUUAGCUUAAGAUGUGGAAGACUAUAAUUGCAGCUGUUGAUCAUGAACAAAAAUAAAGAGAUUUAUUUCCUGUCAUUAUUUCCCCUUGGGAACUGUUUGUUAUUGCUUUCAAAUUUCCUUUGACAGAUUGUUCUCAAACCAACAAAAGGCCAAAAAUGUGCCUUUGUGGUUGAAAAAAAUAUUCAUACCUAGCCAAAGGAAGGUUCUCCGGUUAACAUAUCACAGGAUUUCAUAAGCCAAAGCUGUUAGGAGGAAAUUGACUAUUUGUACUUGCAAUGUUAGAUUCAUGUUUUGCCUUUGCUGUUUGAACACCCAGGAGUUGUUGAUCUUUUAUUUUUCACAAUCAAGUACCAGUUCAUUGUCAGCUUCUAUAGCAGACAAAAUCCUCUUAGCAAUGGUCAUGGGCCAAGAGAUAUCUUCUGGAAUGGAUAUUUUCAAACAAGACAAACUUCUCCUGAAUAAUUAUAUUUAAAACCCAAGUA